UUAUAGUGGAAGAAAAUUAGAAAAAGGCAGGUGGUUCCGGUCAAAAACAAUGCAGCGUUUAUGGAUCCUAUUUGUGUAUCAUUAUUAAAAAAGACAGCAUGAAACACUAUGAUAUACGGCGUUGUUAAGAAUCAGAGGUACUCCGUUAAACAUAAAUAAAUAAAUGUAAAUACAAUCUUCUCCCUGUUACAGCUGAUGAUGAGGUCCUUUAACCUCUCUGGAUAUCGUUCCUAUAGACGAGAGUUCGAAUGUUACACUUGUUUUUGUGUAAUAAUCAAAAUAGUACUACUGAUACUCAUCGGAGCAUUAAUCGUUCUUUUCAUCCUGGACAUAAUUUAUAGCAUUGGGCACCCAGAUCCUAAAGUUCCGGCCUACUCCGUACUGGACGCGCCCUUAACAACCAUUAAUGACAGCAGCAGCGGCUCCACCGGUGGCGGCGGCGUAACCUUCAUCCUCAACACCCGCAACCGAAACAAAAAAAUGUACACCAACGACGUCGGCCCCUCCAGUGCAUCACUUUACUUGGGCGGGGCACUGACCCCCGCCCAGGAACUGGUUGCGAACGCCACAUUGACAGCGUUUUUGCAGCCGCCCCUGGCUUCCACUAACUUCACCCUCACCUUUCCGGCCGCGGUGCCUAAGGACACCUCCUCCGCCGUCAUAAAGAUGACGGCUCAGUUUCGGUACAGUUACUAUCCGGAUUAUGAUGAGCUUCAGGUCUCGUGCCAGUUGUCCAAGCGCAAGGGUUUUGAUGCCGCCACCCAGUGUGACGUAAAGUACUUCAGUUGCUCGACCGAUAGACAUCGGCGAUUCGGGGGCAAUCAUUUAUCCUUCUCUUGAACCAUUGUCAUGCUAUGAGAGAAAGAUAGUGCUCGAUUGCAGCCUUGUAGGGAUGAAUCUGGGCUAGGGUCAUGAAAGGCCGAGACCACCCUAAAAAAAUACUAGUACAUAAACAUGUAGUAUUAUACUUCGUAUAUAGCAAGAAUUUUAAGAAGCACGUUACAUGCUCGUUAGUCGUUACCGAGCACGUAACCAAUGUAGCACUGGAUGCGUUUAAAAUUAAGUGGGUUUUGCCGUUUUAUGACCC